CGUGUUGCGACUUUUUAGAUUGAAAGUAUUUCUUAUAAAUCGUGUAAUUUAUUAUCGAAAAAAAAGAGUUGCUUUUAAAUAAUUGUCGCAAUGUACGUCUUAAAUCGGUUCAAAAGCGAUCUAAUGUCGUUUGUGCGUAAUUGUACAAAUCAGGAAGUCGACAUUAAAUUGCCGUCGACCAAACAGAAUGUGAACGGUCAUAUUCGUUUCUAUAUAAAAACGGCUACAACGCAAGACUUGCAGACCCUACCUGAAAAAAUAAUGGAAAUGUUCAACAUCGUCGAACGUUGUUCAAUGGUGCAGUGUUACGUACUAAUAUGGUUGCGAAAAGAAUUGUGGACGACUUGUGUUGUUAACGAAAUAUUACAAUAUGGUUCCAAGUACGGCACCAACAACGACUACAACGGAACUCUAAUAACAUUGGCCAAGGAAAGUAACGAUGAUUCGGUAACGAGUUUACGCGUUUGUCUGCUACAAAAUGCUGUACAAAAGUUGGCCGAGGCAAACGGAUGUGUCGUAGGAAGCAACGGACUCGACUUGGUAGUGUCUAAAAAAAAUCGUCUCAAACGCGACAAGAAUGUGAUAUUAUGUGGAAACGUCGUCUAUGAAAACACACAAUCCGAUUACAAACAACAAAGAACGAACAACGUUGCCAAAAUGUCGGCCAGUCGUAUCGACGAUUAUCCGAAAGACGUAAUAUCCAAACUGUGUGACGUAUCGAUUGUCUACGAGCUGCUCAACGUCAGGCACAAUAAAACGGUCAACGCCGAUUGCGAUAUCGCCAACAAAGACAACGGCAUUUUCGUCAUGUACAACUAUUCGAGAUUGUGUCAGAUAUGGACGGCUUACGAAAAAGGUGUCGCGGAUGAGUAUUACGAUUCGCUCGCGGCUCCGUCGACGAUCGAUUUCGGCGUUUUGCGUUCAAAUGAAGAAUGGUUUUUGAUUCACAAUUUCCUUGGGACGUAUCCGCAAGUCGUCCGUGACUCUGCCAAAUACUUGAUGUCGGCUAGUGUAGACGUCCACAGGCUGUGCAAGUUUCUGUCGGAAAUGUCGUCGGCCGUCAGCCUGUUUUAUCACAGACAACGUGUCUUAUGCGAUCCUCUGCCGUGUCUGCUGCCCGUCAUGUACGCUCGGUUGUAUUUAAUCAAAGCCGCGAUUCAAGUGUACGACAACGUGUUUGAUUUACUCGACGUCAGAAGCGUUCGAGAAAUGUAGGACGUCACCACGAUUGUUUUCACAAGUUCGAUGUGAUUUCUAUUAUUUAUGUGAAACAAUGUGGCUUACGAUGAACGCUGCUGCACCGCUGCACAUCACAGGAGUGCCGUCGGAGGAUUGCUUUAUCACAUAUUUCUCGAAUGAAUAAUUACAAGACGACCGGGAAAUCAGGGCCAGAUGCCCUGAUGCCCUGUGGUUGCCACCGAGGAGCCCCGAGGCUUGCCGACAUUUGAUUUUUUUUGGGGGGGGGGGGGUUCUCAUAGUAAUCGCAAGUGAAAACAUGAAAAAGGUCAGACAUCUUGUGAUUCAUUGAGGGGCAUUGUAUAGGCAACUUUUUACCGAAACUUAACAUUUAUGGUAAAAUUUGUAAACAUACACAAAACAGUAGUUUGAAUCUUUUUUGUUUUGUUUUUUUGUUUUCCUUUCUCAAGACAUGAUUAUAAAUUUAUCGUUUUUUUUUUUUUUGUUUUUCAACAACGGAUUUCAAUAAAUAUUAUUAUAUGUUCAUGUGAGGCGCAAUUAUAUAGCAAUACAUUUUUAAAGCAAAUAUGAUGUACCUUGUUACAUACCAACAUACCUUGUUACAACCGUUAGCGCUUGCCUAAAGUUGAGAAGCAAAAUUUUUUUUUUGGGGGAAGGGGAAGUAUAUUUAUCGACUCGGUUCACACCAUAAUAGAUUAUCGAAUUGCAUAUUAACUAAAAAUAUAAUAAGAACAUUUUUUUUAAAAAAAAAUUAUGAUUUUUCACAAUCAAAUGAACGGUUAAAAUAUUUAUCCAAAAUAACUGGGCCAGGUGAAUGUUACCAAAUAACCGAAUAUUAAAAAACAUUUGGCCACAACAUAAGAUUAACACAAUACUAUGUGAUCAUGGUAAACUCGGCAGUUAAGAGUAUCCACACUUCGUGCAUAAUAUAUCAGGACAUAUCUGCAUCAAGUGUGCAUAUACUCUUAAUUGAGUUUACCAAGUUUUUUAAUAUCUGACCAAUUAAUGGGUUCGUUAAAUUCCAUUAUCUGUGUAUAAUUUUUUUGUAAGAUAAAUUACUUUUCAGUUCGAUUGAUAGUAGGGUUAACCUACCUACUACUAGGGUUAAUGUUUUUUUUUUUAAUUUAAAUUGGUAUAAUUUUUGGUAUGAUAUUUUAUAUUCACUGACAUUUCCAGAUUUUUUUCUCCUCUAAGUUGGUUCCCAAAAAAUUAAUGUGGUUCAAGUACUGUUUAUCGAAAAAACGCGACUCGUUUAGUCGGCAAAAUGUUAAUAAAAAAAAAAAUAAUAAAACCGACCGUUACGGUAUUUGGAAAUGGCUUCUUUUUUUUUUUGGGUACUUUUUAUAUUGAUCGCGCAUAAUUUUGGUCGGUUCGAG